GCUAUAUGAUGUUAGGCAUCCUAAGUUAUCUACAAUUUCUGCUACGUCCAAGUAAGAUAUAUAGCCAACAAAUUGACAGUUCUAUAAUUGAUGAAAUACAAUCACUUAUAAAUAGAUUCAAACCGAUGAAAUGAAGAUCCUUUGUCACAACUCACAUCAUUUAUUAGGUAUGAGAAUAUAUCAUUCCCAUGUGAAUCACAAAUGGACUUUUUGAGACAAUCGUAACUUGAGAUACAAGUCUCAUAAGUCAUAACCCCACAACAAUGAAAGCUCUCGCCUUUAAUCUGCCAGGCGGCCACCAAGGCUUGGCUUGUGCUUCAGCUUUUAUCUCUUUAGUUCUCUUUCUUUAACUAAAUCUCUGUCAAAAUCUCUAACAGAUUCUAAUUUCUCGUGCUUUUAUUAUCUUUUGUUUAUUAAAGUAUUAUUCCAAGUGACUUUAGUGUACUUAACGAUACUAUUAAGCUAUAACAUCCCGUCCUAAGAUUACAAUGCGAUCUUAAAUGGUAGCGGUUUAUAAGAUUACUAGAUAUAUAAGAGAUCGUAGAAGAAUAAGUUUCUUGAGAUCAUCAUGGAUUCAGCGUCGAGUUUGGAAAUGGAGACAAUCAAGAAAGAGUUGUUCAACAUGGCCAUGAGAGGAGAAUGGGAAAAAGUAGUAAGAAUGUACAAGGAGGAUCACAGGGCUCACCAUGCCAAGAUCACAAGAUCAGGGGACACCGCACUGCAUGUGGCGGUCUCUGACUGCCAAGAGGAGGUCGUCCAAGAGCUCGUCCGACACAUUGUCUCCAAGCAUUCUGGUGAUCAGGUCAGGUCCGUGCUCGACAUCCAAAACGACAGAGGUAACACUGCUCUCCACUUCGCAGCAUCACUGGGGAACGUGCGGAUGUGCAAGUGCAUUUCUGAGGUCAAACCGUCGCUGGUCGGCUCUCGCAACAAGGACGGUGAGACGCCGUUGUUCCUUGCUGCUCUUAGAGGCAAGAAAGAUGCUUUUCUUUGCCUGCAUUUCAUAUGUGGUCCUGACCUUGGCGCUUCUUAUUGCCGGAAAGACGACGGUCAGACUGUUCUACAUUGUGCAAUUGCCGGAGAGUAUUUUGAUUUGGCAUUUCAGAUAAUACAACUAUACAGGGAACUUGUAAAUUUUGUUGAUGAGCACGGACUUUCCCCUCUUCAUAUUUUGGCAUGUAAGCCAUUUGCUUUCAAAAGUGGUAGCAACCUUGGACCAUGGCACAAAAUCGUAUACCAUUGUACAUUUGUGGAUGAGCUCAAGCCAGAGACACCCUCACUAAGGAAUUUACUUGAGGAUGAAAAGAAACCAAAUUAUCCAGAAAAUUACAAAUCUUGUGUCAAUGUAUUUCAGUUGCUGAAAAAUGCCUUUCAAGUUGUAAGUACUGUCAGAGACGAUGCACAAAAAAUGUCAAAAAAAGCCGAUGAAGAGAACCCUGAAGGGGCAAAUGUUACUCUUGCCAGUAAAGGGCAGUUGUUGAUCCUUGGAGCUCAAGGGCAUCAAUUAUUUCCGUCUAAUUACACGGCAUGCUUCAACUUUGUCAAGAUUUUGUGCAAGGCACUGCUAGUCGUCCUUGGAUUCGGAUCUAGAAUGAUAAUAAGAGUAAGGGAAAAGAAAGAGAAGCACAUAUGGUCUGUCCAAAUAAUGAAUGAACUCCUGAAAACUGCUUCGAUGUACGAGUACGAGAACACUGGAGCUAGUCCACAGGCAGCAUUGUUGCAUAAAGACGACGAUGAGACGAAGCCUUAUGAAACCUUCAAAGGCGGAGAAGCUACUUUUGCAAGUUACACAAUGGAUCGGCCAAUUCCACCUCCUAUCCCUUCUGAUCCUGCAAAAACUGGCCAACAAGACAAUGACAAAGGAAAGAACGGUAAAGGCAUGUAUGAAAUAGAAAAGAGGGAGACAGCCAUACUACUAGCGGCUAAAAAUGGUGUGACGGAGGUGGUGGAGAAGAUCCUAGAGCUUUUUCCGGUGGCUAUCCACGACAUGAAUGCGGAGGAGAAGAAUAUAGUGCUAUUGGCAGUGGAGCAUAGGCAACCACAUGUGUAUAAGUUAUUGUUGAAAAGAAACAUAUUGAAAGACAGCGUCUUUCAGCAAGUAGACGACAAAGGGAAUAGCGCAUUACAUCUUGCGGCCAUGCUUGGAGGCUACAAGCCUUGGCUAAUCCCAGGAGCUGCUUUGCAAAUGCAGUGGGAAAUCAAAUGGUAUGAGUUUGUGAAAAGAUCAGUGCAACCAAACUUCUUUGUCCGCUAUAACAACGACCACAAGACUGCAAAGGACAUCUUCACCGAAACCCACACGGAACUCGUCAAAGCCGGUGGCGAAUGGCUAACAAACACUUCAGAGUCCUGCUCCGUCGUAGCUGCCCUAAUUGCUACCGUCGCAUUCGCUACGUCCACCACGGUCCCCGGAGGUAAUAAUGAGGAAAGUGGAAAACCAACCCUAGAAGAGAAGCCGGCAUUCGAAGUGUUUGCCAUCUCAUCACUGAUUGCCUUAUGCUUCUCAGUCACUUCCGUGGUAAUGUUCCUAGCCAUCCUCACAUCUAGGUACCAGGAAAAAGAUUUUAGUAAAGACCUACCAAGGAAGCUUCUAGUGGGGUUGACAUCUCUCUUUGUGUCCAUAGCUUCCAUGUUGAUUUCAUUUUGUGCAGGCCAUUUCUUUGUGCUUCAAGAUAAACUCCAAUACGCAGCGUUUCCUGUGUAUGCUGUGACAUGCCUGCCCAUAUCAUUUUUUGCUCUUGCGCAAUUUCCACUCUAUUUUGAUCUCAUAUGGACCAAUUUUAAGAAGGUACCUCAGCGCAGUUACAAGGUAGCCGUUUCCCCUGUCUAUUAAGCUGUAUUAUAGGAUAGGGUCCGUCCGUUUGUUUUAUCUUAUUGACUU